CUCUCUCUCUCUCUCUCUCUCUUUCCCUCUGUUGGAAUUAGGCCACAGAGGGAGAAAAAAGAAGAAGAUGGAUAACAAAAAAGCAAGUAAUAUUAACUCCUCUCAAGACGUAGAAGUGAGAAAAGGGCCAUGGACAAUGGAGGAAGACUUGAUUCUGAUAAACUACAUUGCGAAUCACGGCGAAGGCGUAUGGAACAGUCUAGCCAAAGCAGCGGGUCUGAAGCGUACCGGAAAGAGUUGCCGGCUCCGCUGGCUGAACUAUCUCCGACCGGACGUUCGGAGGGGGAAUAUUACACCUGAGGAACAACUUAUUAUCAUGGAACUUCAUGCUAAAUGGGGAAAUAGGUGGUCGAAAAUUGCGAAGCAUUUGCCGGGAAGGACGGACAAUGAAAUAAAGAAUUACUGGAGAACAAGAAUCCAGAAGCAUAUUAGGCAAGCUGAUCAACAUCAGAGCAACAAUAUGAUUCACAGACAAAACUCCGAGAUGAUGAUCAUCAAUAAUCAAGCAAGCACAAGCCAAGCAUCGGCCUGCAACACUGUAGAUGCAAUGGAGAUCAGUAAUACUUAUUCUCCACCAUUUAUAUCACACCAAGGAAGUUACAAUAUAGAUCAUCAGACUAAUUAUCCUCUCGCUUUACCUCCGACAACUACUAGUACAACUUCAUCAUCAAAUAUUGAUCAUCAGAACUAUAAUUGGAGCGCCAUGGAGGAUCUCUGGUCUAUGCAAUUAUUCAAUUCAGAUUAGUUGACGUCUUAAAACAAUAUUAUAUAUAUAUAUAUAUAUCAAUGGUCAAAAUUUUAUAUAUUAUUUACAAAUACAUAUAUUCUUCCUGGCCAUCUGGAGUACUAUGGGGUAUAACUAUUUUAGGUUUCUUUAUAAUUGUACGAAUAUUCUUCAUAUAUAUAUAUAUAUAUACGUGACAUUUU